CAAAUUACAAAUGGGAGGAAAAGCUUGGUCUUUGAGAGGUGAAAGGAACCGAACAACAAUGGAAGGGAGGCGAGUGAGAAGGUUCAGACCAAGAUCUCAACCUCACACUCAUCGCAGUCUUCUACCCCUUCACUCCCCCGCAAACUCAUCUCCGCCGCCUCCUCCUCCCUCGACCACCGUCUCCUGCUGCUACUGCGACUUCAAAUUCUGGGCUUUCAACCAACCCCUCUUCCAUUUCGGCAAGACCCAUUGCCGGAUUCUCAGGGCUUGGUUCUCCGUCGGUGUCGGAUUCGGUUUAACCUUGCUCUUCUCCGCCUCCCUCCUCCUCAUAUGGGAGCUCGGCAGAGCUCUCAAUCUCUUCCAUGGAAGCUUCUUCGUCGACUUGGCAGCGAGAUUUUUCUCCUCCUUCGGCACCUCAAUCGCCGACGCAGCCUAUGUUAUCACCGCCACCGUGAUUUCAGUCGCUGUCCACGAACUGGGUCAUGCUCUCGCGGCCGCAAGUGAGUGCCUGCAAAUGGAGUAUGUUGCUGUGUUCGUUGCGUUUCUGUUUCCCGGUGCUCUGGUGGCUUUCGAUUCGGAGUCUCUGCAACAGUUGCCUUGUUUUGCUGCUCUUCGGAUUUAUUGUGCUGGAAUUUGGCACAAUGCAGUGUGUUGUGCGGCUUGUGGGUUCGCCUUACUACUCCUGCCCUUCAUCUUGUUUCCGUUUUACGUACAUGGUGACAGCCCCAUGGUUUUGGGUGUACCUUCUACGUCGCCUUUGUCCGGUUACUUGUCACCUGGUGAUGUGAUUGUGUCGGUGGAUGGUGUACCUAUCCAUAAUGUCCAAGAAUGGAUGGAGAUGACAUCUCUGAUAAAUCAAUUGGCACUUGGAGAUAGAAACCAUUCCGUAGAUGUCCCAGGCUUUGGGACAGCCAAUGGAAGGAAGGGGUACUGUGUGCCUAAUUCUAUGAUGGAAGAAAGCAAGCAGAUUAUCAUAGCUGAUAACCAGUCUUCUUGUCCCAAUGAUCUUACUGCAUUUACAACUGUUCCCUGUGCUUAUGCAAGCAUGUUAGGUGAUGAUCAUCCAAUUAGAAUUGAGAAAGCCCACUGCUUGAAUGCCAAGGAUGUGAUCAAACUUAAUAAGUGCGGUGAUGGAUGGGCGGUGAUUAUAACAAAUGGCAGCAACUGCAUAUGUUCAGAGGACGAGUCCUGCUCAAGUCCAAUUCCAAUUCCAGGCUUGGUAUGGGUUGAGGUCACAUAUUCAAGGCCCUAUUCUCUGGAAUGCUUGCGAGUUAAAAGAAAAUCUUUUGUGGAUUCAAGAACAUCUGAAGGCAUGGAAUCUAACUGUGGCGGGACUUUUGUGUUUGUUGGGGACAUUAUCUUCAUGGCACGCUCAGUUCAGUUAACUGCAUAUCGACCUCGCUGGGCAUUUCCCUUGGUUACAUAUCUUCCAAAUGUACUAGAGAGGAUUUUGAUAUGCACAUUCCAAGUCUCUCUAACACUUGCCCUUCUCAACAGUUUGCCCGUGUACUUUCUGGAUGGAGAAUCUAUUUUAGAGUCGACUCUUUGUCACUUCGCUUUUCUGUGCCAAAGGAAGAGAAGGAAAGUUCUUCAAGUUUGCCUUUUGAUGGGAACACUCGUUUCAGUCCUAGCCUUCUUUAGGAUCGCUUUGUAUACUUUGUAAGCCAUAGUGACCCUUGGCCUUAGAGAAAGCACGGAGAAGCUCAAAAUCCCUGAAGUUGCUGCAUGUCCAUUUCAAUGGCAUUAUCGAUAUAGAGAGCAAAACACAUUUUCUCUGAUGCCUCACACUUUACCUAGAAAGGUUGUGCAGGCUAUGAGAAACAAGUUACUGAAGCUGAGCCUUUCCUGAUGAAUAGUGAGCGGGGGGGCAUCAAACCAUCGGCUAGCCUUGGUAUUCCACUCUAAAACUGAUAGCCGCACUUGUUCCAUAAAAUCCGUAAGUUAUGUAGUCUAGAAGAUAGAUCAAGGUUACUCGGAGGAUUUAACUUGUUCAACCGUCUGUGGGAUCCUCAAUAGAACGAAGAAACGCUGGUGCGUUUGUCAUUUUAUCUGGGAACAACCCAGUUCAGUUUUGGUGGCUUACGAUCAAUUUGUACACAUAGAUCGUAAAACGAUUUAAGCUUACUGGUUUUCAUUUUUCUGGAACAAUAUAAUGAAGAACCUUGUUUGUACAUUCUGGUUGCUUCCAAUAAAAUCCCAAAUUUUAUCUGA